AAAGUGUCCGGACUGGAAGUGGGUGAAGGUGUCCGGACUGGAAGGGGGGGGGAAAGUGUCCGGGACUGGAAGGGGGGGAAAGUGUCCGGACUGGAAGGGGGGGAAAGUGUCCGGACUGGAAGGGGGGGAAAGUGUCCGGACUGGAAGGGGGGGAAAGUGUCCGGACUGGAAGGGGGGGAAAGUGUCCGGACUGGAAGGGGGGGAAAGUGUCCGGACUGGAAGGGGGUAAAAGUGUCCGGACUGGAAGGGGGGGAAAGUGUCCGGACUGGAAGGGGGGGAAAGUGUCCGGACUGGAAGGGGGGGAAA